UCUGUCGGUACACAGUUUACACGCUUUCCGCUGACCGUUCUUUCUCUAAACGCUUCCUCUGCUAAUAACAGGGAGGAAGACUCGGUGGGAGGUUCAAGCUCAUAGAGAUGCUGAGCGGAUUCCCCAACUCUCCUCAGAAGGUCACCAUCAUGCUCCACGCCUGCUGACUCUGAAGGAGAAGACUUGCUGGGAUUGCUUAUCGAGGCAUGCGUCUGAAGGUGUGCGUGUUUUCGUGGGCUCGUCCCGGUGAAGAUGCGCUGGAGUGAAGUGCCUUCCGGAGGGGAAAACGCGGAAUCUGAUCGUUCACAGUGCAUUGUGAAUUUGAGGGAGGAUGAAUUAACACUUGAAUGCCAUGCGAGCGAAAUUGGGAUUUGUUUUGGAGUCUAUGCGCGUGGUCCCACCGGAUUGACUCCGGAUCAAGCGGUGACUGACAGCUAACUUCAAAUUAAAACCAAGCCGCUGGGAGGACUUUACUGCGAUUGAAACCUGUGGUGCAUGUGGAUUAUGAGAUGCUAUCAGAGUCUCCAGGAUGCUGUGAGACCACGAGUGGCGUGAUGAGAAGUUUCGUGUUGGUUUUGGAGAGUUGUAAAAGCAACUUGAGCACUCAGGAUGUCUCAGGAACUCUGCGAUGGAUUUUGCUCUAAAACCUGCACAUUUAUCCAGAGAGAUAGGGGCUGACAAUCCUCCCGUUUAUAGAAGGAUCGCUUUCCUGAUUCUGGAGAUUCCUGAUUCUGAGGUUGAUGUAUCAAGACUUGUGGACGGAAUGCAAUUUGAAGAAGACUCAGUGGAUUUUCUGAAGUUGCGCAUUGGUCGCCACGACAUUUGGAAAUAUGAAGAUAUUUAAAUCAAGCAUGUAAAGAUAGAAACAGACAACGAACAUCAGGUUGCUUUAUCAGGGUAAUGGAUUCGGACAGCGUGUGUGUUUUUCUGUCAGUUCCCCUUGUAAUCCCAUUAUCAUACUGACGUACAGUAUCAAAACAUUUCCUUUAUGAAUACAGAAAUGGCUGGCAAAUACUAAUACACAACUUCUAAUAAUGCGCUGACUUGAUAGUGCUUUGAUUUCUAAUAUAAAGUUGAGAAUCAUCUUUACUCAUCAGCAAAUGAUUGACGUUUCAACAGGUGACUAAGUGGUCCUUGCAAUAUCAGAAUGCUCCUAUUGGAAUGAGAGCUGGUCCCGUGGGGUUAACAGUCGACCCUCUUUGGUUCCUUCUUGUCCUGGCCUGCUUCUCGCUGUCCACAUGCAGGCGAAGAAGCGAUACCUGCUGGUAUCUGUGGGGGCCUGUAGCCUUCUACUAGCCUACCUGUGUGGCCUACAAAUCGGUGAGUUCCACAACCAGAACCAUGCCGAGCUUUACGGAGUCUCACAGGUCGCCGGUGUCCCACCUCGGCCGCCCCGCUGGCCGGAAUGGGUGGAUCCUCUCCUGCAGACGUACCUUGGUGAGGCCGAGCAGGAAGAGGACGGACCCCUGCUUCUUCAUCAACACACGUCUCCUCGCGAGAGACGAGAAAUACAGAAGAACAUCUUCAAGAGCCGGCGAUGUCGCAUGGAGACCUGCUUCGAUUUCCAGCGCUGCGAACGGGGGUUUAAAAUCUACGUUUAUCCGUCUCAGAAAGGUGAAGCGCCCUCGGAAAGCUACCAGAAGAUUCUGGCAGCCAUCGAGGAAUCGCGGUUUUACACGACGGACCCUAAUGAGGCCUGUCUGUUUGUACUGAGUAUAGACACUCUAGACAGGGACCAGCUGUCCGCUCAGUAUGUACAUAACGUCCGAGCCCGAAUUCAAAGCCUCCCUCUGUGGUACGAAGGGAGGAACCAUCUGAUUUUUAACUUGUACUCUGGAACGUGGCCUGAUUAUACAGAGGAACUAGGCUUCGAUAUCGGCCAAGCCAUGCUAGCCAAGGCCAGCACAGACAUGGACAACUUUAGACCGCGCUUUGAUGUGUCCAUCCCUUUGUUUUCAAAAGACCAUCCUCAGAAAGGAGGGAGCAAAGGUUAUCUGAAUCUUAACAAUGUCCCCCCCUUACGGAAAUACUUGCUGGUCUUCAAAGGGAAGAGGUAUCUAACUGGCAUCGGUUCUGAAACCAGAAAUGCUUUAUAUCAUAUACAUAAUGGAGAUGAUAUCAUUUUAUUGACUACCUGCAAGCACGGGAAAGACUGGGAGAAACAUAAAGAUGCAAGGUGCGACCGAGACAAUGAAGAAUACACAAAGUAAGUCCUACGGUUUCCUUUCUUUAUCAUGCUGGUGUAGCUCAUCUAAAAGGAAAAGUUCACCCAAACAUGGAAAUUGUAUCUUAAUGUUGUUCCAAACCUUAUGGUCUUAUUUCUUCCUCUUUUUUUGUGAGGGACAAAAGAGUCCUCAAAAUAUCACCUAUUUUGGUCCACAGAAGAAAGAAAGUCAUAUAGGUUUGAGAUGACAUGAGGAUGAAUAAAUGAUGACAGAAUUUUCGGUAACACUUUAUUUUAAGGUGUCCUUGUUACACAUGUUACAGGUACUUACUACUAUAAUAACAAUUACUUGUGCAUAAUUACAUGCAAGUAAUCUAUGCCCACUUCUAAUCCUAACC